AUGCGUGACCUCUUCGUCUCCCUCCUGUUCCUGUAUCCGCUCGUCGCGGAGUCCAAGACGUGCAUCCCCCGACGCAGAGUCGUGCAGGCCUUUAAUCCCACGCGUAAUGCCAGCUCCGAUACCACCCCAUUUCAAGUAGGAAAUGGGAACUUUGCCUUCGGUGUUGACGUGACCGGGCUACAGACGUUCAAGCCGUUUGGAACAUUGUCAACCUGGGGGUGGCACAACUUUAGUCUACCAACCACUCCCGGCCAGAUGUCUCCAGAAGACUUCCGUGGACAGGAUAUCUGGACUCAUGGUCGACUUGUCAAUUACAACAACCCAACAAAGGCUCAAAACGACAUCUCUCAAUGGCUCAUCAAGAACCCGCAACGCCUCAAUCUCGGCAGGAUAGGGUUCUCCUUCUGUGGAGCAGACGUUGCCGAAGCGGACCUGGAGCAGAAGUCUCAGGUGCUCGAUAUGUGGUCUGGCAAGAUCGUGUCAACCUUCGUUUACAAGGGCAACAAAGUCGUUGUUGAAACUCGAGUCGACCCGGACUCAGAUGUUGUGGGAGUGCAGGUAGAAUCCAAGCUACUCCUCUCUGGUGACCUGGGUAUCUUCUUUGACUUCCCCUACUCGGACAUCAACAAGUUCGAUGCACCGUACGUGGGUGUUUGGAACGCAACCUCGAGCCAUACCACGACUUUACGUGCUUCUGGCAAUCAGGCCACCAUUCAGCAUGUUCUUGAUAAUAGCAGCUACUUUAUGGCUGCACAAUGGGAAGGCGACGGUGCUGUCUCUGCACCCCGGGAUGGAAGCCACCGUUACACACUCAAAGUAUCUGGAAGCAACAGGCUCAAGUUUACCGCUGCAUUCUACGAGAAGGACGAGAUCAAACCCCCUACGACGGAUGAGCUUGCAAAUGCCACUGAUAAGUGGUGGAGAGGUUAUUGGAGAAGAGGAGGUUUCGUAGACCUAACUGGCACAAAGACGGGCAACGCCACCGAGUUGCAGAGGAGAGUACUGUUGUCGCAGUACCUCAUGGCGGUCAACAGUGCUUCAACAAACCCGCCACAAGAGUCUGGUCUCGUAAACAACGGGUGGUACGGAAAGUUCCAUCUCGAGAUGUACCUCUGGCACAGUCUCCAGUUCGCCCGCUGGAACCAGUUCCCGCUCCUCUGGAGAAGCUCUCCCAACAUGUACCGGAGAUUCCUCGACUCAUCUGUCAUCCGCGCCAAGAACCAAGGGUACAAAGGCGCCCGCUGGGGCAAGAUGACAGACCCCACGGGCCGCAGCGCCCCGGGAGAGAUCAACUCGCUUCUGAUCUGGCAACAGCCGCACCCCAUGUACUUUGCCGAGAUCGACUACCGGUCGUUCCCAAACGCCACGACGCUGGCGAACUGGGACGCCGUCCUGACCGCCACCGCCGACUUUAUGGCCUCGUACGCCUUCUUCAACGAGUCGACCGGCGUCUACGACCUGGGGCCGCCGCUCUACCCCGUCUCGGAGAACGGCGACUACAACACGACCAUGAACCCGACUUUCGAGCUGGCGUACUGGCGCUUCGGGCUCGACGUCGCGAAGCGGUGGAAGGAGCGCCAGGGCCAGCCCGUGCCGCGGGAGUGGGUCGCUGUGCGCGACGGGCUGGCGCCGCUGCCCGUCCAGAACGGCACGUACGUCGUCUGGGAGGGCAUAAGGGACAUGUGGGUCGACCGGGACACCGUCUACGACCACCCGGCCAUGGCGGCCAUCUACGGCCUGCUGCCGCCGCCGCCGCCGAGCAGCGGCCCGCCGCUCGACAUGGACGCGCUGCGGGCCACGGCGGCCAGGAUCAAGGAGACCUGGGCGCUCGACCGCUCGUAUGGCUGGGAUUUCGCCAUGCUGGCCAUGAACGCGCUGCGCCUCGGCGACGCGCGCCAGUGCGUCGAGUACCUCUUGCACCCGGCCUUCCAGUUCGACGACGCGGGCUACCCCCUGGGCGGGACGCGGGUCGCCACGCCCUACUUUCCCAACUCGGCGUCCCUGCUGCUCACUGUGGCGAUGAUGGCCGGCGGGUGGGACGGCGCCGAGGGCAUGCACUUCCCCGAGGGGUGGGACGUCAAGGUCGAAGGGUUCAUACCUGGUCUGUAG